CACGUGCGCGCUCCGCGCUCCAUAACAGGCGGACGGUUGUAGUUGUGGUGGCACCAUGGAAACUACCGUGGAGGCGCCGCACUCGGCGGCCCGGCCGGUGCCCUGCCCGGAGAUCCCAUCCUUCGCGGCCGCCUGCCGCCUCGUGCGGAGCCGCUACUCGUGCCUGGUGGCGGCGCCGCAUCGGAGACACAUCGCGCUGGCGCCGCGCUACCUGAGCCGGAAACGCACCGGGAUCCGGGAGCAGCUCGAUAGCGAACUGCUGAGAUACUCGGAGAGCCUCAGCGGUGUGCCAGUGGCUUAUGAUAACAUCAGAGUAGUGGGUGAAUUAGGUGAUAUUUAUGAUGACCAAGGAUUCAUCCAUUUUAACAUCGAAGCAGAUUUUGUCAUUUUCACUCCCAAGAAAGGAAAAAAGCUUGUGGGUGUGAUCAAUAAAGUGGCUCCAAGUCAUAUUGGCUGUCUGAUACAUGGGUGUUUCAAUGCUUCCAUCCCUAAACCCGAUCAAAUGUCAGCUAUAGAAUGGCAAGACCUUGAGUUAAAAAUAGGAGAUAAACUGGAAUUUGAAGUGGUGCAUUUAGAUUCCGAUGCUGCUGGAGUAUUCUUCAUUCGGGGGAGACUGAAUAAAGACAGUAUGCAAUCCAAAUAUCCUGAAGCAGUAACUGAAGAUACAAACAGUAGAGAUGAAAUACCAAAGAAAAAACACAAGAAAAGAGACAGAAGGAAUUGUGAAUUAGAAAAUGACAUGGAGCUUACAGACAAUGCAGAUACUACUGUGGUGGAAGAUGCAGAAGGGCAGAAUGCUGAUACAGUAAAUGGAUUUUAUGAUAAAAAGCCAAAGAAAAAGAAAAAACAUAAGCAAGAAAAGCAGAAACCUGAAUAUUGUGGAGGUGACUGUAGUGGUUACCCAAGUGACCAUAAAAAGCUUAAGAGAAAGAAAAGAAAACAUGGUGAUGUAAAUGAAGAGAGUGAAUUAUCUCAAUUCUCACAAGAACCUAAAGCCAAAAAGAGAAAGGAAUGACAAAUUGACUGAAGAGUCCAAAAGUCCUUUGCUUGAAUGUAAGACUGUCGUCUUCUUUCAGAAGUACUUGAUAAACUUCCAAUAAAAUCAUAUUUUCAGUUUGUGUA